AUUAAUCCGUAUGAGUCAUGUGACACAUGUCACUGAUUUGUUGGAUGAGCUCGGCUUCGGUAUAAGUGGUCGACUAACGGGUCAAACUAUUGGUCAACAGGCCUCGUGUGCACCCGAACUCAAAUCCAUUGAAUUGGAUGACACGUUUGGUCAACAAAAUGAUAUAUUUUUUCCAAAGUGUGUUCGUAUUCAACGGUGUGGUGGCUGUUGCGGACCAUCCCGUCUCCUAAAGUGCGUUCCGACCAAAAAGUCAUAUAAAAACAUCAGAAGAGCUCACAUACGCUACAAAAGAUCACUCGAUGGAAGAGCUGUUCCUGAACUCAAUCAACACACCGUCAAAGUGGAAGUACAUGAAGAAUGUCGGUGCGAAUGUCUCGUUCAACAAAGUCAUUGCAAUCCAUUUGUUCACAAAUAUAGACCCGAUCUGUGCAAAUGUCAAUGUCUUCAUUUAAAAGAUCAGUUGGAGUGUAAGCUUUAUAGUGAUUAUAAGGUAUGGGAUCCCAUAGACUGCCGGUGCAAAUGCAUUCAUACAAAGCUGUGCUCCACUGGACUCUAUUUUGAUGACCAAACCUGCGGUUGCAUUGAAGCGGAAUAUAAACAUCAAUAAACCUGUGGCUGAA